AUGCCAUCCGCCCACAACAUCAUGCUGGCCGUGCACUGCAAGCGCACAGACGCGCUAGAUGUGAAGUCGCCUAUACUGACCUAUGUCCGCAACACGUACGGAGACGCGGACGCGGAGGACGCGGCGGAUGACCUGGAGGCGAUCCAGGGGCUGAGGGCCGAGCUGGUGACGGCGCAGGGCAGCUCGCAGGGCGCGAAGCGGGAGACUCUAAUCAAGUACUACAAGAGCUUGACGGCUAUUGAGACGAGGUUCCCAAUCAGCGGCGAGCGCGGCCAUGUCAAGCUGGCGUUUCCCUGGUGCGACGCGUUCCGCCCGACCAAGAAGACCCAGCAGUCCAACAUCCACUUUGAGAAGGCCGCGGUGCUGUUCAACGUCGCGGCCGUCCUCAGCGGUGUUGGGUGGCGCGUGCUGGGAGCGGCGGCCCUGCAGGUGGAGCGCGGCACUGCGGACGGCCUCACCCAGGCCUGCAAGCUCUUCCAGGAGUCGGCGGGAAUGUUUGCGCACCUGCGUGAGACGGAGGCCCCCAAAGUGGACGCGCCGCGCCCGGUGGACAUCACACCAGAAUGCUGCGUGUUGAUGGAGAAGCUGAUGCUUGCUCAGGCGCAGGAGUGUGUGUACCACAAAGCGGUGACAGACAAGCGCAGCCCCACGGUCGUCGCCAAGCUGGCCAAGCAGGCCAGCAUCAUGUACGGCGAGGUUUCGGGCCUCUUCAGCGGCCUGGUGCUGUCCAGCCACUUUGAGAAGUCGUGGGUGGCCCACACCCAGAUGAAGGCAUCCCUCAUGGACGUCCUUGCCCUGCAGGAAGCCGCCAAGCAGCUGCAGGCCGAGACCAAGAUCGCCAAGGAGGUCUCCACCCUCUCGGAGGCGUUCACCAAGCUGCAGGCCACCAAGAAGCUGGCGGCAGCCGUGUCUCAGGAGAUGUCUGAGAGCCUGCGGCCCCUGGAGGAGGGCGUGGCCCUGGCGCUUACAAAGGCCCAGAAGGACAACAACACGGUCUAUCUGGAAAAGGUCCCGCCCUUUGCAGACCUGCCGCCGAUCACGGGCGCGUGUCUGGUCAAGGCGGUGCCCCCCACCACGCUGGACGCCAGCAGUGAGAACCUGUUCAGCAGCUUGGUGCCAGAGAGCAGGUGA